CAACUUUUUUUUGUAAGGAAUUUAUGAUUUUAUGAUAUGUAUUACAUGUAUGCAAUAGUUCAGCUUUAACUGAAAAUUGCGAAAAUGGAGACAAGCAUAGUGCAAUGUGCCGACCGCUUAUCUAAAUAGGUUGUUUUAAUGUGAUUUUCUAAUGCCGUAACUACAAGCUGUGCGAUACACGUUUGAAGAAUCAAAGUGCGAACAGAAGCUUUCCCAUCGAAGAAGCGCAUGAAUGAAACAUAAUGUUCAAUUUACAAACUGAAAAAUCAACUGAUACAGGAUUAGAAUCGCUGGUCGAUGCAGACGUUGAUAUUCACAAGCAAAAGUGUAAAGAUCACACUGAUGAAAACCAGUCGUUUUAUUGCAAGAAACAUGAUAUAUGUAUUUGUGGUCGUUGUGUUUUUUCAAAUCAUUUUUCUUGUAUGGAGACGAUGGUCGAUUUGAACAAUGUCCAACACGACGCAGAACACAUGCAUAAUAGUGUUUCUACAUUGCAAGUGUUGGACGAAGAAAUAGACCGCAUUAUGGCCGAAAUAGACGAAAACAGACGACUAAACGAUAAAUGUAGAUCAAGCUUUGAAAAAGAGAUAAAUGGCUUUCACGAAUCCUUAGUCCAGAAACUGAUUUUUUUAAAAACAAACGCAGAAAAAGAAAGCGACAACUUACACAAACAAAAUGCCGACGUACUGGAUGAAACGGAACUUAAAUGUAAAGAACAUAAACUAGUUCUACGGCAGCAAAUUGAAUAUUUAAAAACGUUAGAACACAAAAAGCAUUAUCGAUAUUUAUUCAUAGAACAUAAAAGAAUUGAGAAUAAUAUUGAUUCAUUUAAAGAUAAAAACUUAAAGUGUCGACAUCAUAACCAUAUUAAAGAAUACGAAUUUGUUCGCAAUUAUGAACUAAUCGGGGAAGAUGAUAAUAUUGGAAGACUCACGAUUGAGUGCGAUGGAAGCGAAGAAGUAACUGAAAUGGACGUCAAGAUGGCGUCGGCGGCUGAUGAGGAUAGAAAGCGAGAUAAGCUUUAUGCUGAGAAAGCGCCCGAUGAAAAAGUAAAUCCGAUGCGUUACUGUUUAGAACAUGAACACUUUCAUUGUAUACAUCGCGAAUAUGGUGAAAAAUUAGAGCGUCUACAAAAAUUAGAAGAAUGUAUGCAAGAAAAAGACAUGAAGAUUUCAAAACAAGAAGAACACAUUUGUAUUGAAAAAGAAAAUUGCGAAAGUAUGAUACGGGAUUAUGAACAGUGGACUACAAAACUACAAGAAGAAUUGUCCGAUUCGGUACAGCAGAUAACACAACUACAAGAAGAAUUGGCUGUUUCUGAACAGAAAUUUAAACAACUACAAGAACAAGAAAAGCGCAUUAUUUUUGAAAAAGAGCAAUCCGAAAGAGCCAAUCGGGUGAAUGAACGGAAGAUAAAAAAACUUCAAGAUGAAUCGGCGGUUUCUGAAAAGAAGAUUAAACAACUGCAAGAACAAGAAAAAAAUACGAAGUGGGCGUAUGAACGGAAGAUUGAAAGUUUAGAAGAAUUCUCUAGGAAUUGUUUAAUUUGGUGUAUUGCUUGUUGGUCAGCUUUUCUUUUUUAUAUUUUUCUUCUUUAAUAACAGAAACCAACACGCCGUUAAAUAAUGAGAAAGGUACGUAAAACUUUUAUGGGAUAUGAAAGCGAUUUCUAAAAGAUUGGAUUUGAAGAUGCCAUUUGUAUCCAGGUCCCUGUUAAAUAGACUGUUGUCAGAUUUAGAUCGGUGAAAUCAAAGAGACAAAUUGCCUGAGACCCGGCUUAGUCUUUAAUAAUACGUCUCACAAACCAAAAUAAUCUUGCACGCGAUCGUUUAUUUAGACAAAACAAGCGUUCAUCAACAAACCAGAAAGCGCUAUUAGUGCAAAUAUAUAUGGAGCGCUUUAUAAAAAGGCUUAUUUGCAACGGACGACCUGUUAAUGCUUAUGUCUCGACGUGGCCGCAAAUGAGGUGUAUGCCAGACUUGCGCUUAAGUUAAAAUUCCGUAGGAUUCCUGUUAUGCGAGUUGCGUUAGUUUUGCAGGCAUAUUUUGUCGAAUUUGUGACAUAAGGUGUGAGUGGAAAAAAAGAUUUGACAUUAUGUUAUGCUAUUGUUUAAUUCAGUUUGUGACACUUUAAUACUUUAAUAAACCAGUUAACCCUU